GGGAGAGGUGGUUCAAGGCCUGAGGCAGUGAGCGACUCCAAGGCAGGACUUAAAGGGCUUUGUCGGAGACAGGCGGGGCGACGGGGACGUGACGUGUUACGCGCCAUGACGUGUACGGCGUGAGGGGCGUGACGAGUCGCGACGGGACGUGGCUAAGAUGGCCGCGCGCAUGAGUCUCUCCCCGGCGCUGAGUGGAGGGGGUCCGCUCUCAGGGAAAUAUUCGGGUUAUCAGGUUCCUGCACGUUAUUUCGGGCCUGAUCAACAUUUCAAGCUAAACAUGGUGGUGAUGAGUAUCCUCAGGGCCAUUCUGCAAGCCUCUCCAUGCAGGUCACCGUGGAGAAGAUUCCAGAUCCCCAGCUCCGUGCCGGCGAGGCCCUGCAGCCUCUACACCUGCACGUACAAAACCCGGAACCGAGCCUUGCACCCGCUCUGGGAGAGCGUGGACCUGGUCCCGGCGGGCGAGCGCCAGUCGCCCAUCAACAUCCGGUGGAGGGACAGUGUGUAUGAUCCUGGCUUAAAACCGCUCACCAUCUCUUACGACCUGACCACCUGCCUCCACGUCUGGAAUAACGGGUACUCCUUCCUCGUGGAAUUUGAAGAUUCUACAGAUAAGUCCGCUGCACUCGGAGCAUCAGAAUGCAGUCAUAUUUCAAAGCUUUGAGGAUGCAGCAACUGGAGGAAGGUGGUUUCAUUACGAUAGGAAUAUUUUUAAAGAUGAAGUGAAGCUCGAUGAAGUUAAGUGCUCUCCUGCCACGUCAUGCAGUUAUCCGCUGGAGAAGUCAACGGCAAAGCUGUGGACCACACUCUGUGGCGCCUGUCAGCUCCUGUAGCUUCAGCAGGUGCAGACCUUCCCUGGAGGCUGUUUUCAGGGUACCAGGAUUUGUUUGAAUCAGCUACACAUCACAAAGAGCUGCAGAAAUUGGUGGAUACUUUGCCAUCAAUCAAGCAUAAGGACACCCUUGUGGAAUUUGGGUCAUUUGAUCCUUCCUGCCUGAUGCCCGCCUGCCCAGAUUACUGGACCUACUCAGGGUCCCUGACUACCCCGCCCCUCUCCGAGUCUGUCACCUGGAUCAUUAAGAAGCAGCCCGUAGAGAUUGAUCACGAUCAGGUAUGUUCUUUCCACCUUUCUGUAUGAGGACAUGCUAGUCUGCCCCUUUAACACAAGGCUGGGCUCAAACUUUGGCAUCGGUUUUGAACAUCUUGUAACGCUUCUACAUUUUUAUUAAAAUUUGCUAACAUCUUGUCUCAGUUUGGACAUGAAUUUGGAGAUACUUCAAAUUAACUGGAGAGAGGAGUUAAAACAUAGAAGAGCAUAAGCUUUUUGCUUUCAUUUUGGACAAUAUCCUGUCUUUUACCAUAUAUACAUUGUGUAGAAUCUCUGUAAAACUUAAGACUUUUAAAUGGAAGGCAAAUACCAUAUGAUUUCACUCCUAUGUGAAAUUUACAAAACACAACAGAUGAACAUAGGGGAAGGGAAGGAAAAAAGAUAAAAAGAGAGAGGGAGCAAACCAUAAGAGACUUCUAAAGACAGAGAACAAACUGAGGAUUGCUGGAGGGAUGGUGGGUGGAGGGAUGGGCCGAAUGGGUGAUGGGCAUUAAGGAGGGCACUCGUUGGGAUGAGCACUGGGUGUCAUACGUAAGUGCUGAGUCACUUGGUUCUACUCCUGAAACCAAUACUAUACUGUAUGUUAACUAACUUGAAUUUAAAGAAAUAAAUUUUAAAAACUAAAUGAAUGGAAAAAUGAAGGCUGGAAAUGACUGUGUUCAAAACCCUUUGAUUUUCUUUUCUUUAUUAUUGUAGUGGACACGCAAUGUUACAUUAGUUUCAGGCGUACAGCAUGGUGAUUUGACAACUCCAUAUGUUAUGCUGUGCUCACCACAAGUGUAGUCACCAUCUGUCAUACAACUCUAUUACACUACCAUUGACUGUUUUCCCUGUGUGUUUUUUUUUUUUUUUACCUUUCAAUCCCCAUGGCUUAACUAAUUUCCUUAAUUACUAAUUUUCCCCAUGACAUUACUAGAAUCCUAUACCUCCCUCUCCCUUUGACCCAUUUUUCCCAUUCCCCCCAAUACUCCCCUCCCCUCUGGCAACCUUCAUACAUAGUUUGUUCUCUGUAUUUGUGCAAAAACCCUUAAUUUUCUUAAGAGAAGCUUCCUGUGGAAUUUCAAGGUAAAGAUAGAACCCGACAAUGUCUAUACAGAAAUUUUACUCAGUCAAAAAUUUUGACUUGGUAUUUGUUUUCGUUUAGAAUCUAAGUUUAAGUGGUGGGUACUACAUGAACACGCAAAAUGUUGUUUAAUUUAUAAGUGAAUGAAACAGUAAUAAUAAUUGCUUUUAUUUGUUUGUUUUGGAAUUUAAUUAAUUAAAAACUUUUUACAAGGACAAAAGCUUCCAAGUUCUUUUUUGUGAAGCCAAGAUAACAGUGAAACCAAAACCCACCAAAGAUUGGAUACCUCCCAAAAAGUAAAUACUAGGCCAGUAUCUCUCAAGAAUAUUUAGAAAAAAAGAAAGCUUAAUUAUUAGAAACAGAAUCUACCAGUACAUCAGAAGAAAUAUACACUUUGUCCACAUAAGAUUUUUUUCUGAAAUGUCAGUAUUAGGAAUGAUAUAUUAUGAUUAAUAGACUUCAUCCUGUCAGCAAAGCUAAAGGGAAGACUCAUAUUUCAUUUUCAUAAAUUCCUAAAGCUCAUUUGACAAAAUUGAUCAUGUAUUUUUUGUAAAAAUUUUUAUUGAAAUGAGAAUUCCCUAAGUUGAUAAAGUAGAUUAAUGUCAGCUCAGAAGUAAAUAGUAUGCCUAGUAUGGAAAGGAUAUCUACUAACUCCACUAUAAUUAGCAUAUGAAAUUUUAAAUUGGUUAAAUUCUGGUAGCAGCCAAUGUAGUUAGACCAAAAAAAGAUAAAGGAAAUGAGAAAAGCAAUUAGCAGAGUACCAUAUUAAUUUAUAGACAUCAAUUCCUUGGAUAUAUGUAAGUCACAGAAGAUACAAUGGAAGAAAGGUCUGUACUUAAAUGGAAACUCAAAAACUAAAAUACCUUGGAAUGAACUUAAAAUGUUACCAAGAAAACUCAAGCGUUCCUAAAGGACACAAAAAACUCUUUCAAAUAAAAUUCAUACCAUGUUAUUGAAUAGAAAGAUUUCAUAAAGACACCCUUGAUGUCAAUUCUUAAGUUGCAAUUUUCCAUGAAUAUUCUCCAUGCAUUUGAUGUCCCAAGAAAGAUAUCAAUAUUUACAUUGUGGGGUGCUGUCCUGUGUAUUUUAAGAUGUUUAGCAGUAUCCCUGGCCUCUACCCACAGGAUGCCAGUAGUUCCCCAAGGAGUGACAACCAAAAAUGUCUCCAUACAUUCUGUGUGUCUGUUGCAAACUCACCCCUGGUUGAGCACCACUCGUAUGUGCUAACCUCUAAUAACAACUAAUAAGUGAAAUCCUUUAUUGCUUAGUGUGUAAAAAAAGGCUUAAUUAAUCAGUGCAUUGGUUUACCAGUAAAGGCGUAGGAAUGAUUCAUUUAUUACUGCCUGUAGCUCACCCAGAGAACUGGUUUGUUGGAGGAUUCUUUAGCUACAAAACAGUCUUCGGGAACCUCCAGAAACUGAAUUUCCCCUUCAGAGGCCCCGACCCCGCUGCACUGCGAUCAUGGGCCGCUACCUGGGCACACCCAUGGCCACGCUGCCACGCCUGGCCCAGAAGCGAGGUUCCCUCUGGCCCAGGCCCACCCACUGCCACCCGGGCCCGGAUGGGAGCCAUAGCCUCUCCUGGGUCCGCAGCCAGCCCACCCCCAACAUGCCACCCUGCUGGGACCAUGCCAGAGUCUGGAGGGUGAUGGUCCCCAAGGCCUGGAGAGCUUUCACUGCAAGCCACCCCUCCAAAUCUUCAUGGGGUUGGAUUUUUACAGUGAUCACAAGAAUUUGAUGAAGUGGCUGUGAAGUGCUCAAUACCCUGCACACACCUGGAGCCUGGUGACAAUCGAACUCACUCCUGCAGAGCGCAGAGGGAAAUGCUACAGGUGCCUGCCUAUCCACGAGCCCCCGGGGCCCUAUGCCAAGGAGGCCUCGCUGAGGGCCCCUAGCAGAUGCAAGAAAGGAAAACAGAGAAUCCUCAGACCUGUCUGCUUCAAACCUCCCAGGCCAAGAGAAAGAGGCAGAGCCCGGGCCAGGCCAUCCUCCUUCAGGCCUGUAUGGAGAGACAGAAUGGUCCCUUCCUUUGUGCCCGGGCCUGGGCCUCCGAGGUGAGGCCUCUGCUCCUGGUGACCUGGGCCUACCUGCCUCAAGGACACAGCGCCGUGGCCUAGGCUGCCGAGCAGAUCAGUACUCCCCAGGGCCUGGGCCUCCUGCGGCCUGAUGUCUCCCCCGUAUCCUGAGUCAGAGCCCUGCCACCUCCACCUCCUGAGACUCAAACCCACAGUUGUUUCACUCUGCCCUACCCCCACAUGGGCCCCUGACACCCCCGGUCAGCCCUCUCCCCCGCAGCUGGCGGCUCCACCAAGCCCCCAGACCCACUCCCUUGACCCUGCAGAGCCCACACUGAAGAAGCUCUCCAGCUACCCAAACCUCUGCCUUCCUUGUGCCCACCCAGUCCUCCCACCUGUUCCCACACUCAUCGGGAAGGCAUGCUUCUCCCCUACUUCCCCACUUUGUGAAGUGAAAAUGGCGUUCUUGUUUUAGAUAAAAAUAAUAGACAGCUUUAUGAUCACAGAGAAUGUCAUUGUCUUUCUUUCAGAUGUACAUAUGUUAGGAUUGCGUCUACACUGUGAAUUCACCCUGGCCUUGUAGCAUCUGGGACCAAAUAAUUCUUUGUUCUUUGUUUCAUACACACAUUGUGAAAAUAAAAAACUGUCUCCAA